UAAUUCACUGACAAGAAAAGCUGGAUUUUUCUCUGCUGUAAAUAAUCUCAUAUGAACUGUAGUCCCAAACCAUAAGAACAUUUCUGUUCAUAACAUCAUCUGGUUUAUUAUUCUAUGAAUAAACACCUUGUGGCUAAGUUCAAGCUAAAUGUCUAAAUUGAAAGCAUAAAAAGUCCUCACAUGCACAAGGGCAUGCAUUAUGCCAGAGUUGACCCAUCAUUUUCCAUGAGGCCUUUACAUUCCUGCAAUCACUAUGAGAAAUCCCUCCUAAGCACACAGAUCCAUAAAUGCUUUCAGUUCAGCACCAUGUCAUAAAACAUUUUUGAAUAUGGCUAAUGGUGCAUAGAGAACACUUUACUUGAAUUUUAACCUCUGUAUAUUUCACAGAAUCUUGUAACAUUUCAUGUGUUAAAAUUUCCAACUCUGAAUAGCAGUAUCAGCAUUCGUCCAAUACAUUUCACCCUUGCCAAGUCCCUCACUAUAUUUUUGGACUUAGUAUUAACAUUAGAUCAUUUCAUUUGGUUAUGUGGCCAUUUUGCAACAUUUUCACUAGUCAAAUAUGUAUUCACAUUGUUUUGUCAUCUUAACAAAGGAGGUCAGUAUCAGUAUCAGUUGAUCUUUGCUCCACUUCACUGUCCCAGGAAGUUUGACUCACAUGGCCAAUUUCAAAGUCCUCUCCCUCCUCUUCAUCGACAUCCAUCCAUCCACAACACUCUUCUGUUAUGAAAGUGUUUUGUCAUAAUGGAUCAUCUUCAUCACUCAUGCAUGAGUAAUCUGACGAUUCAUUCACUUGUGACCUCCUCCAAGAUAUAGUUUUCACAUGCCAUUGUACAGAACUGGGCUAUUUCCACCAGAAAAAUCAAAAGAAAGCUUUUAAAAAGACAAAUCCUGGAGUAAUGGGAGAUUAUUGAACCCUCUUUGAUGCUUGAAUAAACACACAAAAGCAGUUAGAUGGAGCACAACGUGGGUGAAAAUCCCAUUUUGAGACUUUUCCACUUGCUCACCCACUUCAUUGUUUGACACAGCAAGUUGGUAAUCACAUAAACUGCUUUCCAGUGUUCCUCAGGGGAAGGUAGUGACAUGCCCAGCUGGCUAUUGCACUAAAGUAAAAUUUACUGGUACAGGAUAGGCCUACUGCAUGUGGUUAUGUUGCUACCUACACUCUAAUAUGUCCUUGUGUCUCCUGAAACCUUUUCUUAACCAAAGACCCACUCCAACAGUAGAGUGGCCAACUCUUCUGUAUUUGGCACAGAGGACUUUUACUUUGUACUUUUUCUACCUUCUUGCUUUGCAUCUAAUUGGGUGAGGUUUCCCAUCUCGUCUCCCAGUCUCUGCUUUUGAUUGGGAAGACACUGCCCCUUCAUUAGAAGGGAAUUAGAGCUUGCAAGAGUUUGCCUCUGUCAGGUGGCUGUUUCAUGAGCCUUGCAGCAUCUUGUCCUUGCUCUUUUUCAUCUUCUUCUUCUUUAUUUUUUAAAAUUUUAUUUUAUUUUAUGUUUUUCGUAUCAGGGAUCAAACUCAGGACCUCACACUUGCCAGACAGAUCUUAUGCUGCUGAGUUAAAUCCCUGGCCUAAAUAGAGGAUAAAACCAAGGAAAAUAAAACAGAACAAAACCGAUCAAGAUAAACCAGUAUAAGUGAUACAGGUCUUUAAAACUUAGAAAAUCAGCAAUAGUUACCAUAAUGCCUCUAUCAUCUUCAAAAUAGCUGCAGAUACCUUUGGACCUGGUAAAAAUCAAACAACAGAAUAGAGCAGAAACAACAAACACAAAACAAUGACUGCAGUAAAGGACUUCAAAACAAGCUCACAGUAAGUCCAGAAUGGCUACCAUAACACAUCUUGCUAUCUUUUGAACAGUUGUUCAUGGCAUCAGAUUUAAUAUAAUCAAACAAAAUGAAAGAAUAAAACCCAACCAACAAAGCAAUGAAAAUGACAUGGUUUCCAGGCAGGGCCCACCCCCUUGUGAGGCCUGGUUCUCGCUCCACAGUCUGCGAAUGCUGCUGACUGGGAGAGAGGCUUGGGCGUGGCUGUCCCCACUCCAGCAGCAGCUGUCCUGCUCUUCUGCAGGAGUCAUUCGUUUUGGAGUCAAUGGGCUCGUCACCUGUGUAAAAGCUAUUUAUGUUUUCUUUGAGGAUGCCGUGGAUAUAACUUUGAAAAUCCCAAGGCCACCCCAGGGUGGUGUGAAUCCGUGGCAGUUAAACAUAGCCAUAUACAGGAUGCUGCCCCACAUCUGGGGAGUGAGUUUGUAGUUUCCUCCACGUAUGCCACACUGUGUCUCAGGAAAUACAGUACUACAGGGUGCAUUGUUUUCUUUUCAAUAUGUGAGCCUCUAACAUGUAGAAUACAAAACCAGUCCUGAUUUUCAUAAAGGUCCACAUAUUCAGCUUUAACAGACUUUUCUUCAGACUUGAGUUCCUGCAAAAAAAUUCUCCUUUGUGAGCCAGGGUCUUGCUCUGUAGCCCAGGCUGGCCUUGAACUCACAGUGAUCAUCUUGCCUCAGCCUCCUGAGUGCUGGAUCACAGGCAUGUGGGACCACAGCUGGUUCUUUCAUUUCAACCUAAGGGACUCCUCUACCCAAGGCAGGCCUAGUAGGAAGGACGGACAUUCUUCAGUGCUUGCAUCUAGGAAUGUCUGAGCUUUCCCCCUCAUUUUAAGGACAGUUUUGCUGGAUGUAAAAUGCUUAGUUGAGAGAGCUUUUUGUUUUGUUUCACUGUUUCAUUCACACAGCACAUGUCCACCUGUUUCCUUCUGUCCUCCUGUAACAGAAUAUCCCGCACCCCAGUCAGUAUACUGCAGUUCUUAGUUGUCCAGGUAACAGUUCUGUCUCUAAGAAACGGCUGGUCACUGAGACGCCUAGCUGGUCACUGUGAUGCACGCUGCAUAAACCAACCCCAAUCAACAAGCCAUUUUGCCCCGGUACUCCCCACUUGCUUAUCCUAUACAGGCCUCAGACCAUCAGAGAUCAGGCCCUGAUAUUCUGGGAAUGUACCAAUCAGUGCCCGUUGGUGUAAAUAAAUGUGUCUCCAACUCCUGGGUGUCCUUUCUGUGACUGUGCUUGCCGCUGCUCUCCAAGGAUUUUGAGGAUAAGUCUAAUGAUUAUGUUUUUGGGGAAUUGCUGUCAGCUGCACAGGCAUUAAUUUAUUUGUCAUAUUUUAUACACUGAACGUUACGUUAUUCUAAUGUAAGUGAAGUUGCAGCAUCACUUUGACACCAGUAAGAAUUAAGAGCAAAAGGAACUGGAGAUGCUGAGUGUAGACAUCAUGGGAUCUCUAAAUGCAAGAGGUAUUACAGAUGCUGAGAACAGAUUCUCAGAACAGAAACAAAAAGGGAUAUUGAAGCAUCCUACAGGUCUGAAUUUCUAAAACAAAAGUGUCAAUCUCCAUAACUCACAUUAGUAAGACAUUUUGUAACAUUUUUCUGUUAGAAUCAAAAGACCCUCAUGGCCAAGAGUGUGAUGAGUGAAGUGGAGGUGACCAGCUCUGCCUGGGCCCACUGGCACCAUGACCUCACAAGAUCCCCUGUGAGGUCACAGCAGUUAGCUGUGUAAGGUAGGGUGUUCACCCCAGAGACUCUUUGUGGGUGAAGUAGAUUGGUGUUUGGAGUUGAGUUGGCGUUUUGAGAUUCGAAAUUUUUGUCAUUGAUUUUAUAAAGCCUAGUUCCAUCAGGGCACCCUUCGAGGUGGGUAAAACAUCUUUGCUGGACGUCAUGUCAUCGUCCACAGAAAUGUCAUCGUUCACAGGAAACUUCCAUCAAGACUAUGACGUGCUGAUGCCCCUUGGUGAGGGUCACUUUGCCAAGGUGGUACUCGCUGAACAUGUGAGCACAAGGAUGCUGGUAGCUGUGAAGGUACUUCAAAAGGACAAGUUGAGGCCUACUGCUGUUAGACGGGAGGUCAGCAUCCUAAAGGACCUUCAGCACCCCAAUAUCAUUCAGUUGCUGGAAGUGUCAGAAAAUAGUACCACUAUGUUCCUGGUAAUGGAAUAUGCACGCGGGAAAGACCUGCAGCGACAUAUCAAGCGUGCUGAGAGACAGAAGCUGCAGGAGGAAAGGGCACGGCUGAUAUUCCGAGAACUCCUGGAGGCUGUGCAGUACUGCCAUAACAGGGGAGUCAUCCAUGGGGACCUGAAACCGGCGAACAUAUUAAUGGACCGUGAAGGCCACCCCAAGCUCAGCGAUUUUGGCGUGGCUUUCAGGUUCCUUCCUGGCCAGGAGGUGACCACGUGUGGAGGCACCCGAAAGUAUGCUGCCCCAGAGAUAUUUUUACAAAAGAAAUACCAAGGCCCACCACUGGACAUUUGGUCUUUAGGGAUACUUUUAUUUGAGAUGCUCGCUGGGGUACGCCCAUUUAGUGGGAGCCAAACACGACUGACAAAGGAUGCCCUAAAGGGGCGAUACCAGUUUCCCCAGCACUUCUCCAAAGAGGUGCAAAGCUUAAUAAAGGGUCUUCUCAACCCUGACCCAAGAAUGCGCCCUACUUUAGAGAAAGUAAGGCAGCAUCCAUGGCUUCAGCUUGAAUCUGUCCCUUGUCAUCCUCCUCAACUGCUCCCCAAGGCCACAGAAAGGGCAAUAUUGCACAUUAUGGCUGGGAAGGGGUACAACCGGCUGAAGGUGAUUGAUGCAGUGAAGUGCAGAAAAUACGAUCCUGACAUGGCGCCCUUCCUGCUACUACAGGACAUGGCACUCGAGAAACUCCACUUGAGGUCUGAGGUGAAGCCCACACACAAACGUGAGGCUGAAGAUCUGUUUGAACAGUCCACAAACAAAGAUGAGUAUACAGAUGAAUAUCAGCCAUCUUCAUCUCCUCCCCCUGUAGCAUCUCACAAACCAAGCCGUGCUAUUGCUACUACCAAGGCCUGCCAGCCCAGCCAUACUACUACCAUCAAGUCCUGCCAUCCAGGCCCUUCUACUCCCAAAGCAUCCCGUCAACCAAGCCCUGCUUCUCCCAUCAAGUCCUAUCAUCCAGGACCUGCUACCCCUAAAGCAUCCCGUCAACCAAGCCCUGCUUCUCCCAUCAAGUCCUACCAUUCAGGGCCUGCUACCCCUAAAGCAUCCCGUCAACCAAGCCCUGCUUCUUCCAUCAAGUCCUACCAUUCAGGGCCUGCUACCCCUAAAGCAUCCCGUCAACCAAGCCCUGCUUCUUCCAUCAAGUCCUACCAUUCAGGGCCUGCUACCCCUAAAGCAUCCCGUCAACCAAGCCCUGCUUCUCCCAUCAAGUCCUAUCAUCCAGGACCUGCUACCCCUAAAGCAUCCCGUCAACCAAGCCCUGCUUCUCCCAUCAAGUCCUACGAUACAGGACCUGCUACCCCUAAAGCAUCCCGUCAAGCAAGCCCUGCUUCUUCCAUCAAGUCCUACCAUUCAGGGCCUGCUACCCCUAAAGCAUCCCGUCAACCAAGCCCUGUUUCUCCCAUCAAGUCCUACGAUACAGGACCUGCUACCCCUAAAGCAUCCCGUCAACCAAGCCCUGCUUCUUCCAUCAAGUCCUACCAUUCAGGGCCUGCUACCCCUAAAGCAUCCCGUCAACCAAGCCCUGCUUCUUCCAUCAAGUCCUACCAUUCAGGGCCUGCUACCCCUAAAGCAUCCCGUCAACCAAGCCCUGCUUCUCCCAUCAAGUCCUAUCAUCCAGGACCUGCUACCCCUAAAGCAUCCCGUCAACCAAGCCCUGCUUCUCCCAUCAAGUCCUACGAUACAGGACCUGCUACCCCUAAAGCAUCCCGUCAACCAAGCCCUGCUUCUUCCAUCAAGUCCUACCAUUCAGGGCCUGCUACCCCUAAAGCAUCCCGUCAACCAAGCCCUGCUUCUCCCAUCAAGUCCUAUCAUCCAGGACCUGCUACCCCUAAAGCAUCCGGUCAACCAAGCCCUGCUUCUUCCAUCAAGUCCUACUAUACAGGACCUGCUACCCCUAAAGCAUCCCGUCAACCAAGCCCUGCUUCUUCCAUCAAGUCCUACUAUACAGGACCUGCUACCCCUAAAGCAUCCCGUCAACCAAGCCCUGCUUCUUCCAUCAAGUCCUACCAUUCAGGGCCUGCUACCCCUAAAGCAUCCCGUCAACCAAGCCCUGCUUCUCCCAUCAAGUCCUAUCAUCCAGGACCUGCUACCCCUAAAGCAUCCGGUCAACCAAGCCCUGCUUCUUCCAUCAAGUCCUACUAUACAGGACCUGCUACCCCUAAAGCAUCCCGUCAAGCAAGCCCUGCUUCUUCCAUCAAGUCCUACUAUACAGGACCUGCUACCCCUAAAGCAUCCCGUCAACCAAGCCCUGCUUCUUCCAUCAAGUCCUACCAUUCAGGGCCUGCUACCCCUAAAGCAUCCCGUCAACCAAGCCCUGCUUCUCCCAUCAAGUCCUAUCAUCCAGGACCUGCUACCCCUAAAGCAUCCCGUCAACCAAGCCCUGCUUCUUCCAUCAAGUCCUACUAUACAGGACCUGCUACCCCUAAAGCAUCCCGUCAACCAAGCCCUGCUUCUUCCAUCAAGUCCUACCAUUCAGGGCCUGCUACCCCUAAAGCAUCCCGUCAACCAAGCCCUGCUGUUCCCAUCAAGUCCUGUAAAACCAGCCGUGCCUCUACUGAGUCAUACUGGCAGCCCAAUCCUGCCUCUCCCGGUGAGUCCUUCCAGCACAGCCCUGGGACUCCAAAUGCUGCCUUCACUGCUGCCCCAGCCCCUGUCAGCAGUAGGAGGUGGGGCUGGAAAACUGUCAAGAGAACCAUGAGAGACUGCCUGCAGGCCCUGUGCUGCUGCCCCCUAUCGACGUGCAAGUGUCACAAACACAAGGUGGUCGCAGUUGCAGAUCCAUGAUCCCUCCUAUGGAUGUGGUCAUCCUGACAGCGAGGUCAGCCACACAAGUGGAAGCCACAGUGAGUUGCCUUGCAGCCCUUUGUGCAGGGAGCUGGAGGGGAGAGGAGGAGUCAAGAUCACUAGUGUAUCCUGUGGGCGAGAAGCAGAGGGAGGGGUUGGUGCACAGCAUGGGAAGGCUGCACAGGCACCAGGAACUGAGAGCCAGCGAGAGGAAGACAUGAGGAACAGGGGGGAGAGUCACCUGGCUUGUGUCCUGCUGUCUGAGGGAGGCUGCCCCAGGGACAGGGAGGGCUGGGCACCAUGGACCUGACCACAACCUCCCAUGAGGAUGCAGGGAGACCUGGGUACCAUGGACCUGACCACACCUGACCACUACCUCCCUUAUUGUGCCUGGCAGUAGGGUGUGUUCUGGGAAGAGCAAGGGGUCAUCUACCAUCACCCCCACACAUCCCCAUGAAGAGACAUGGACCCAAACCCUGGUCUUCUGAAUGCUGUCCCCAAGUCUGUGUCUGCAAGCCUUUGAAAGGAGCCCAUUGAAGUCUUGUGUCAGUAAACAGAGACUCAUAUCCAGCCUUGAGGGCACACAGGCAUGCGUGUGGUGGGGACAGAGUUUGGAACAAGAGAAAUCUCCACACGUGAUGGUGUUGCUUGCCAUCGUGGGAACAGUGACAUUUGGUAAAGAGAAGACAUUCGUGGCUUCCAAACUGUGGUCUGUGUUUGCAGCACCUGGGGCAGGAUCUGAACCAGAGAGUGUUCAGGGCAAGUUGGAACAUGCACAUAACACAUGUCAUGGUGCAUCUUGCUUCUGCAUUUUCUCAUUUUCUAUCUUUGUACUUGUUUUCUGCCUUGAGGCUUGUAAAUUGCUUAUGGUCAGUAGUUUAUUACUAGUAUUGGGACCUCUUUAGGAAAUGACUAUUUUCAGAGAUGUUCUGUAGGGGUAGCUGGCUUUGGAUUCUGUCAUCCCAAGAUUUUGCCUCUUCUUUUCUUAAAGGAACUUUUUUUUUUUUUUCAAAACGAGAAACUAUGGAAUUUCUUUUUUGGUACUGGGAGUCAAACUCAGGGUCUUGUGUUUGCCAGGCAGGAGCUGUGCCACUGAGCUCCAUCCCCAGCCCUGCCUCUUCAGUUCGGUAGGAAUGAAGGGCUGCUGCCUGUUUGGCCCAGCACCCAGUUCUUAUAGUUCUGUAGUCCAGAACUACAGGAUUGUUUGUGCCCCUCAGACAACUGAGGUGGUGGUGUUCAAAGAAGAUCAGUUGAUGCCAAUAACUCUGUCACUUUGGCUAACAUAGUACAAUCAGCUAUAACAACUGCAACCAACACAGCCAGGAAAUGAUAAACUCUUAUGACCAAGGACAUGCCUGCUUUAAUCACAGGUAUGAGAUUUGUAGUUACACAGCCAACUAUAAGGCAAAGCAGAAUAUUAUAUACAGUAAGUAUAUACUCAGUAGAGCAAUUUGCCCUAAAGGGAGAAAAUUUAUUAGGGAUACCAAGAAAAUAUAGAAAAAUAAAAGAGAGAUAAGAAGACUGAAGUACAAAGGGAGAUUACCAGGCCUUAGAAAAUGAGUGAUAAAACAGGAGCAAAAAGCAGGACCAAAAAAGAGAGAAAAAUACAAAAGCUGAGAACAAUGUACACAGGCAGGAAAAACAAAACACAAAGACAAAAAGUUCUCUGACUUUAAACCUGUGGCAGGCCUCUGCGGUCUGUGGUCUUAUUGCAGUGUCCAGUGCAGAGAAGACAGUGGAGGCACUCCAAGCCCAGCUGCGUGCUGUCAGAUCCCAGCAAGCCUGCAGUAGUGUUUCGGGCCCCUGAGUUAGCUAGAAAUACUAUAGGCAGGGAGACAGGGCUAGGUCCUGAAGGAGCCAGUGCAGGAGCUCAGAUACCUUGCAGCUAAGGGGAGACAGGCACCUCCUGCUGUGGGCCAAACCUCAAGACAAAAGAUCAAACAAAUACAUCCAUAAGGACUGAUGUUCUAAAUAGCUUCUUAGCACCCCACAGAAGUCAGGAGUCACCAUUCCAACCCCCUAGGGAAGAUUCACUGCUCUCUAAGAAUGCCUGCUUUCUAAGUGGCUCACUUCCCCAUUUGUCCCCAAUUUAAUGAAUUUACCUGAACUAUUAAUCUUAUUGGUUAACCAUAGUUCUGCCCUACCUUAUGCCCAUCUGCCUUGUGAGUUCCCAGUUUUGCCCACAAGUCCAUCUCAUCCCAUGAUUUUCCUCUAUAAACGUCCCUGGGAAAGACAGAGUCCCACUGCUUGGGACUCCUCCUGUCUCUCUCAGACAGAAGCUUGCUUUCUCUCAAUAAAUAUAUUUUACUCUUUACCUCUAUUGUUCCUAAAA